AUGUAUGGCAGUUCUAUCCGGAAAGACAAUGGCUACGAUGCUGGAAGUUAUACCUACUAUCCGGUUGCUAUUCUCGGUGCUGGAGAGUCAGGUAUUGCAAUGGGCUGUCGAUUGAAAGAGGUCCUUGGCAGUGAUCAGUUCAGGAUCUUCGAUAGACAGUCUGGAAUUGGUGGGACUUGGUGGAUUAAUAGAUACCCUGGUGUUGCUUGUGAUGUGCCCGCCAUUUUCUAUUCCUUCUCAUUCAGCCCAAACACAAAAUGGACGACUUUCUACCCUCCUGGUCCAGAGAUUGUCAAAUACCUCCAAGGCGUCUGCGAAAAGUACAAUAUCGUGGACAAGAUUCAACUCAACACAGAUGUUCGAGAAUGUCGAUGGCUGGAAUCUGAGGGGGUCUGGGAGAUUACAAUGGAGCAUUUGAUGACCGGUUUUGGAGAUCUGAGCGAGUACGACCGAGCCGCCAAGGUCAGGGAGAACGGCCGCGAAUCAGUAUAUGUCUCAGAGGAGAUAGUUCGAGCAAAGGUAAUUGUCAGUUGCGUCGGCGGACUUGUGGAACCGCAAAUAUGGCCCUCAAAAGUACCAGGCAAAGACAAGUUCCAAGGCGAGAUCUUCCAUUCUGCAAGAUGGAAGUAUGAUGUGGAUCUGAAGGGUAAGGAUGUCAUUGUGCUUGGAACUGGAUGCAGCGCUGCUCAGUUUGUCCCUCGUCUUACCACGGAAUAUGGAGCCAAAUCAGUAACUCAACUGAUGCGUUCUCCUCCCUGGGUUGUUCCCAAAACGAUACCUCCACUCGGCAACGAAGGUUGGGAGAAAUGGUCUCCUUUCCUCAACACUUACAUUCCCGGCUUCAACAAGACGAUUCGACUCCUGAUCGCUGCAGGUGCAGAAUAUGACUGGAGAUUAUUCGGGUCAGAAGAUUACCACGAGAAGGAGCGCCAGAAACUUGAGAAGCGACUUCUGGCUAGGAUGAAGUCACUCGUUCCACCAAAAUAUCAUGAGAUUCUCACUCCGGAUUAUGGUGUUGGUUGUAAACGACGAAUUUUCGACAGCAAAUGGUUCGAGUCAAUGAACGAUCCUGCUAUCGAGUUGACAACUUUACCACUUACUAGCAUUGGUGAAAACACUGUCACCUUGGGACCAGGAAGGACAUUUCCAAAUCCGGCUGAUACCAAGAGCUCAGCCCCUAGCCACGAAGUCACCAUUCCCGCGGAUGUCAUAAUCCUCGCCAAUGGAUUUCAAACAACACAAUGGCUACAUCCCCUUGAUAUCACAGGACGUGGAGGAAAGAAGCUCCACGAUGUCUUCGCCGAGAGAGGCGGACCACAAAUGUACAUGGGGACAGCACUCGACGGUUUCCCCAACUUCUUUGCAAUCUUCGGUCCAAACACUGCUACAGGGCACUCGUCCGUGAUCAUGGCGUCAGAGAACAUGAUUAAUCUAAGCUUGAAGUUCAUUCGGCCGAUUCUCAAGGGCGACGUUGCAUUAGCUGAGAUCAAGAAAGAAGCAGAGUUGGAAUGGGCGAGAGAUACUCAGGCCGCGUUGAAGAAACGAGUUUGGAAUACGGGCGGAUGUGUUAAUUGGUAUCAGAAUGAAGUGGGAUGGAACUCAACUACUUACCCGUACACGCAGAUCUGGUUUGCGUUUCGAUGUAUGUUCCCGACUUGGAGUGAUUGGGAUAUAAGAUACACAACUAAAGGUCGGGCUAAACGGAAUACAAUGCGUGUGGUCAGUAUCUUGGCUUUAGUAGCUGCCAUAUCUGGUAUUUUGAGGUUGAGACAAGCUGCUCAGGGUAGAGGUGUCAGCGGGUUGGUAGCAGAUGUUUCUCGAGGACUUCUUUUGCGAGGUUCUUCUUGGCUUCAGAGUGCCAGUAGCAAGGUAUAG